UAUUCGAAAACGUAUUCGAUUGUCAAAUUGCUUCGUAUGUAUAUAGCAUAUUAUAAUAAUUGUAAAUUAUUUUCCUUUUCAAUUAGUUAUCAUUCCAAGAACUGUUCAAUUACUUAUACCAAAGCGCGACACAAACACGAAUGCUUGAAAAAAAGACACCAGUCCCGAAAACAUGGCAUUGAACAUAUAUAUUUGAUGAAAUAAACAUACAUCAGCACAACGAUUGUCCGGUGAUGUAAUUCACAGAAUGUGCUGACACUGAUCGUUACUACACAUUAUGACUUCAUGCAGUAUCGUAAGGUACGUCAAGAUAUUCACUGCUCGGGUCUGCCGCCUGAAUUAAUUAGGGACUGUAAAUUACUCGCCGUGAGUCGCCAUGUGCUCACGAUUGUGCGCGACGCUGGUCAUGAUAUUAAUCUUGCCUGGGAUACGCGCGAUUCAACCGUUCAAUGGGGAUACUUUACCGUCAAAUAUUUCGGAAAAGCUGGACGAUUAUUGGCGAACCUAUAAGACGCAGUUUAAUAAGACGUAUACAAGAAAUCUGGAAAAUGUGAGGAGAGCGGCUUGGGAGCAAAAUCUCGUGGAAAUUUAUAAGCACAAUCUACUGGCCGCCGCAGGACAUCACAGUUAUACAUUGCGGGAUAAUCAUAUUGCCGAUCUCAGCACUCGACAAUAUAUGCGCGAAAUGGUGAAACUAAUGCCAAGUCGAAGACGCCGACUGCCGACCGAACCGAUAGUAUCGGCGGUGUUAAAAAAUCCUCGCGACAUACCAGCACGUUUGGAUUGGCGCGAAUACGGUUUCGUCACUUCGCCCGUGAACCAACGGAGCUGCGGGAGUUGUUAUGCUUACUCAAUCGCGGAAAGUAUAGAGGGACAAAUUUUUAAGCAGACCGGCAUGUUGCUACCCUUGAGCGCACAACAGCUGGUAGAUUGCAGCACGUCAACCGGCAACCUCGGCUGCACCGGCGGUUCCCUUAGGAACACUUUGAAAUAUUUGGAAAAGUCGAAAGGUCUCAUGGCUAGAUCCACGUAUCCCUACAACGCCGAGCAAGGAGAAUGCCAAUUUCAGAAGGACCUGAGUGUCGUCAAUAUAACUUCAUGGGCAAUUCUGCCGGCACGGGAUGAGAAGGCUCUAGAAAUAGCAGUGGCGACAAUCGGUCCCAUAGCCGCUUCCAUAAAUGCCAGUCCAAAAACAUUCCAGCUUUAUCACAAAGGCGUUUAUGACGAUCAUCAAUGCAGUUCGGAUAUGGUGAAUCACGCGAUGCUCGUCGUCGGAUAUACGCCAACCGAAUGGAUCCUGAAGAAUUGGUGGGGCGCUAGUUGGGGAGAAAAAGGCUAUAUGCGGCUGGCAAGAAACAAAAAUCGUUGUGGCGUAGCAAACUAUGCAGCUUAUGUGAAAGUUUGACAAUGAGAUCCAUUUCUCUAGAAUGUUAUCGGCAAACUCUCGCAAACCUCAGAAAAAAAUGUAUAUUGAUUUUUAUAUUUGGAACAAAUUGCGAUAAAUCGAUUGGUAUUUGUGGCAAUUAUCCAUCGAAACAAAUAUUAUUUUCCCAUA